ACUGAAGCAGAGGCUUCCCCACACCUUCCUCUCUCCUCAAUACGGCUAACCCGUUUCUGUUCCUCCACAACCGAACACGCCCUCUCCGCCAUCACCUCGUGCUAUCCUGCGCCUCCUGCUUAUCCUGCGCCGUGCGCACCUUUCUCCCCCUCUUCUGGUCUCUUCCCUACAUAAUCUUCCCCUUCUCCAGUCUCUCUCUUCCCCAGAUUCGUUGCUUCAAACCUGGCUGGGUUCCGGAGCUGGGGCUAGGGUUAGGGUUUCUGAGAGAUGUGGGAUGCUUCAGGCAUUGAUGAAUCUGCUCUCUCUCUGUUGGAAGCCAUUCGGGCGUGGUGCUGAUAAGUUCGACACCAUUGGAGCUGUUGGGAGCACUUUCGGGGGUGGGGCAGGCGGCAGGGAAGGUAAAGACGGAUUGCUCUGGUUCCGAGACGUAGGAAGGUAUGGUUCCGGCGAUUUCUCGAUGGCCGUGGUUCAGGCGAAUCAGGUUCUCGAAGACCAGAGCCAGAUCGAGUCUGGUCCUCUGGGCACCUUUGUAGGUGUGUACGAUGGUCACGGAGGACCCGAUGCCUCUCGAUACGUUUGCGAUCACCUCUUUCGUAACUUUCAAGCAAUAGCCGCUCAGUCACAGGGAGUUGUGACUGCUGAGACUAUUCAUAGAGCAUUUCUUCAAACAGAAGACGGUUUCACUUCUCUUGUGUCAGAAUCAUGGGAUAGACAACCUCAGAUCGCAACUACUGGGACCUGUUGUCUUGUUGGAGUGAUAUUUCAGCGGACCCUCUUUGUGGCAAAUGUUGGAGAUUCCCGUGUUGUGUUGGGUAAGAAAGUUGGCAACACUGGAGGUAUUGCUGCGAUUCAGCUAUCUACUGAACAUAAUGCAAAUCUUGAUGCAAUCAGACAGGAACUUAAAGAACUACAUCCUCAUGAUCCCCAAAUUGUUGUCCUCAAACAUGGAGUGUGGAGAGUCAAAGGCAUUAUUCAGGUUUCUAGGUCUAUAGGUGACGUAUAUAUGAAACAUGCCCAGUUCAAUCGGGAGCCAAUUAAUCCAAAAUUCAGACUUCCAGAGCCAAUGAACAUGCCUAUCUUGACUGCUAGUCCAACAAUUCUCUCUCAUCCUCUCCAACCCGGUGAUUCCUUCCUUAUAUUUGCAUCAGAUGGUUUAUGGGAGCACUUGAGUAACGAAAAAGCAGUGGAUAUUGUCCACAGGAAUCCACGGCAGGGUAGUGCCAAGAGACUUAUCAAGGCUGCUCUCCAAGAAGCAGCAAGGAAACGAGAAAUGCGGUACUCAGACCUCCGCAAAAUUGACAAGAAGAGUCUUUGGGGCAGCUCUCAGAUAACUGUACCCGUACCAGAAGACACACCGUUGCUACCCGGCUGGCAUAUAUACGAAUUGACAGUGCAUUUGGCACCUUUGGUCACUGAUACCGAGACAACUUAUUGAUGAGGCUCCAAUUUAUAACAUAUUAUUAGAAAUAUAUCUGUGGAAAAAAGGAAAAGAAUGAAAAUAAUUUUUGACACUACGGAUGCCCAUUUUAUAGUUCGUUUUAAUUUCUUGGCAGUCUUUGUUCGAAUUUCAUGGUGGAGCAGACUAAAUUAUUUGACAAUAAUUCAAUGGAAGUUUAGCACAUAGUAAGGUAUCUCAUGUGAUAAGAGGCAUAAGUUAUGCACAGAUUUACUUUAGUUUUUAUUGCAGAUGAAGUGAAAAUUUUAGAUAUAA